CGAAUCCGAAACAAGAUUGAUUUUUUAAAAAUAUGUCCCUUUUUUAAUUGUUGUUUGUAUGUCUGAGCUCUUAGAAAUUAUUAAAAAUAUUUUUUGGAGUAAAACCUCUAAAAUAUUAAUAUUAGAUAUUUUUAGACCUAUUAAAUUAAGUAAAACCGUUCUUAAUCAGGAAAUUCUAUUGACUGUGAGGCAAAGUACACUUCUUUAUAUAUAUCGGACACUUUGAAUUAAACUCAGAAUAAUUUCACUUUAUUUUACGAAAAAAUAUAGGUAACAUUUGUCCUAAAGGUGGUUAAAACAGUUAAAAACCACAACAGAUAUAAUCGAUAGAUAGUAAUUGUUCUCGAUUGCUUUUGCCUUAGUGUGCAUCACUAGCAGGAGACGUUUUACAUGCCUGAGUUCCUCUUCCGCGCGUCUUAAAACAUGAAAUCCUCCUCCUGCAGCCUCGGAGACAUUCGGCAGCGGAUAGAUGAAGUCGUGCAGUUUUUGUCUGUAACACUGCCUAUCGCCAAUGCUCACACUGUGGAGUUUUACACCCAAGAUGUGUGGAAGCGGUUCAUGGCGGUGUCACCGGAGGAGGUCCUGUCAGCCAUUAUGUCCAACGGCGACCAGCAGGGGGAGCCAGAGCGCAAAAGAAUUGAACCGUCAGGGACCACGUUUGGGUUUUGCCCUCAAUCAAACAAGGUGGUUGAUAUCCAUGGAUUUCUGCAGGCCGCUAAGGCCCACUCUCUCCCUGGACUUGAAGAAGUCUGCAUGAGCAGAUCUGAAUUCCUGCUGGAGCUCAAAGGGUCCACUGUUCUACCUGAGAUUGUUACAGAGCUGGAACCAGAUGAAUUUAUGAACUUUAAAAAAUCUCAUGAAGUCCAGUCCAUGUCUGAGGUGGUGGCCCGACUGGCCCGGCACUCUGGAGUCAAACAGGUGAUAGAUGUGGGCUCAGGGAAGGGCUACCUGAGCUCCUUCCUGUCUCUGCAGUACGGCCUUCAAGUUUACGGCAUAGACUCGUCCAGCACCAACACCCACGGUGCUCAGGAGCGGAACAGGAAGCUGAAGAAGUUCUCCCGGGUCUACCAGAAACAGGCAAAAGCGGCGAGGACUCCAGGAAAAGCCGCAGCUCCGAGGGGGAUUUCAAAAGUUGAACCUGGGCUGAAGGAAGAUGAGGAUGUUUUAUGUGUCGAUGCAUCAAGAAAUGAGGAAGAGCGGGUGCCAGUCGCCUCUUCAUCCUCAGCAGCGGGGAGGCAGUCGGAGUGGAAUCCAGAUUCAGAGGAGCUCUUCCUCAGCGUCCUGUCAGCAGACGUGAUGGAGCCCGCCUCCCCAAGAGUUCCCCCAAGUCAGCUGAGUGAUGAAGAAAAGGAAAGGAGGAAGAGGGAAAACUUAGAGAGGAAGGCUCAGAGCAGAAGAGACGGCGCCAGCGACGUGUUUUCGCCGCUGACAUCCUUUGUGACGGCAGAAACUGAGCUGCGGGAGCUCAUCACCGAGCUGGAGGACGCGGUCAUGGUCGGCCUGCACACAUGUGGAAACUUGGCUCCCAGCACGCUGAGGAUGUUUGUGGCUAAACCAGAGCUGGCCUCAGUCUGCAGCGUGGGCUGCUGCUAUCACCUGCUGUCUGAGGAGUUUGACCCUGCUGGACCAGAGUGUUUGGACAGAUCGUGCGGUUUCCCUCUGAGUCAGUACCUCCGUGACCGGUCCUGCUUCUGCGGCAGAAAUGCCAGGAUGUCAGCAUGUUUGGCUUUGGAAAGAGUUUCUCUUGGCCAGGGGAUUCAGAUGGAGUCUCUGUUCUACAGAGCAGUCCUUCAUGUCAUUCUGAGAGACCACUACAGCUCCUUUAAAAGUGAGAGGCGAGUGGGAAAUGUUUACUCGAAGGCUAAAUCGUUUCUGGACUACGUCCGUCGAGCUCUGCGCAAACUGGAACUGGAUGACUCGGAGCUGUCAGACGACGACAUUCAGGGUUACCACGACAGAUACAAACCGCGUAUGGCGGAGAUGCACGCCUUUAACAUGCUGAAGGUGACACUUGCUCCCUGUAUUGAAGGACUGAUUCUCCUUGAUCGCCUUUGCUACUUGAAAGAACAGGAAGAUGUAACAUUUUCUGCCCUGGUGCAACUCUUCGACCCUCUGCUGUCACCAAGAUGCUACGCGGUUAUCGGAGUCAAGACUUCCACGAAGAGAAAAACAAGCUGCUGAUUGUAGAGAGGCUGUACGACCAUGAAAAAUGAAUUUAAAAGCAGUCAUUUUAUUAUUAUUUAGUUAUAUCCUUCAUUUUUUUUAAAGAUUCAUAUUUUACACUAUUAAAUAUUUUAUCAUCU